AUGAUAAGCAGCAGAGCUUUUGACAGAGGAGCACGCCGCUUUGACAGCUCCAGAGACAGACGACGUGAACCACUGGAUCCCACGGUUGACAUCCAUAUUAUCGCAGAAGCUGGUCCGCAGCUCUCCCUGAUGAAGCUUCAAGCCCUUGACCCAGGCCCAGACAAGGUUCAGACCGAAGCUCUCGUACGGAACCUGCCGGUGGCUAGGCCGCAGUGGCUGUGGACCAGUGCAGGGGCUGGACGACUGAGACUGGGUGUUGUUCCAGGCCAGCAGCACCCGUCCCAGGGCCCUCCACGUCUUCGGUCCCGACAAAAGCGCCGACCCAGCGUUGCUGUGGACGAUCAGAGACAACCAAACGUCGCAGCACAGCGGUAUGGGGGAGGGCACGGGUUGCAACGGGAGGGGACGCAGAGCAAGGAGAAGAGCGAAGGAUGUCAGGAUGGCAGGAUCAAUGUGAGAGUGUGA